AUGAGCGCUCUAAACUCUAUCCACCUAGACGAUAUGAUCUCGCGACUCCUAGACAUGGCAUAUUCGACCAAAGUCACCAAGACGGUAUGUCUUGAGAAUGCCGAGAUCACCGCCAUCUGCGGACUAGCUCGUGAGCUCUUCCUUUCUCAGCCCGUACUCUUAGAGUUGGCUGCGCCCGUUAAAAUCGUCGGCGAUAUUCACGGUCAAUUUACCGAUCUGAUCCGAGUCUUUGAAAUGUGUGGAUUCCCGCCAGAAUCGAACUAUCUUUUUCUCGGCAAUUUUGUAGAUCGAGGGAAACAGAGCCUAGAAACCAUUAUCCUACUGCUAUGCUAUAAACUCAAGUACCCCGAGAAAGUCUUUCUACUGCGCGGCAACCACGAGUGCGCCAAUGUCAGUAGAAUGGGCGGGUUCUAUGAGGAGUGCAAGUGGCGUUGCAAUGUUAAGAUGUGGAAACUUCUCAUCGACACUUUCACCUGCCUCCCUAUUGCGGCGAUAGUAGCCGACAAGAUAUUCUGCGUUCACGGCGGGCUAUCUCCUAAUCUAUUACAUAUGGAUGAUAUCCGCAGUAUCGCUCGCCCUACUGAUAUACCCGAUCACGGGCUACUGACCGAUCUUUUAUGGAGUGACCCGGCCGAUGUGGACAUAGAGGAAGAUUGGGUGCCCAAUGAACGCGGUGUAAGCUUCUGCUUUGGUAAAAAGGUCAUCAAGAACUUUUUAGAACGACACGGCUUUGAUAUGGUGUGCCGUUCCCACAUGGUGGUAAAGAAUGGGUAUGAGUUCUAUCAAAACCGGACUCUAGUAACCGUCUUCUCUGCGCCGAAUUAUUGUGGCGAGUUCGACAACUGGGGCGCUGUCAUGUCUGUCUCAAAGGAGCUCGUUUAUAUUUUUGACUUGAUGAAGCCUCUGGAUUGGGCUGCGUUAAAGAAAUACAAGAAGGAGGGUCAAAUACAGCGAGGUCAAAUACAGCGAGACGACUUCUAA